AUGGGAACCCAACGUCUUUCCAGAGCGCUCGUCGUCGUUCUAGGCGCGAGCUCAAUAGCUGCAUCUUCCCUACUCCCCCGCCAGAGCAAUGGAACCAGCGGCGACCCCAGCCCAUACUUGGACGCUGUGUCAGAGUACAUCAACUCCAUCGUCGACGACCUGUGGCCCAUCAACAAAGAAAUUCAUGACAAUCCGGAACUCGGAUAUGAGGAGGUCAAGGCUCACGAUCUCCUCACUUCCUUCAUGGAGUCUCACGAGGGAUGGAACGUGACUAGGUCUAUCUACAACAUCAGCACUGCGUUCGUAGCCGUGUUUGAGGGCAGCGGCGACGGGCCUGUCGUGUCCUUCAACGCCGAGUAUGAUGCUCUACCAGGCCUUGGACAUGCCUGUGGCCACAACCUCAUUGCCACGGCUUCCAUCGGAGGAGCUCUCGCCACCGCGGAGAUCAUGCGUGCCGAGAACCUUCCAGGCAAAGUCAUCUUGUUCGGCACUCCUGCUGAAGAGAGUCUUGGUGGCAAGGUCAAGUUGCUCGAAGCGGGCGCCUUCAGAGACCACAACAUCGACAUCUCCCUCAUCACCCACCCCACGGCGGGAGGGGACUCGCCCUACAUGAUCACCACCUCCACCGACCGCUUCGAAGUGGAAUACUACGGCAAAGAGGCCCACGCCGCGGCCCAGCCCUGGGAGGGCGUCAACGCCCAAGACGCACUCGUCCUUGCCAACAAUGCCAUCGCCCUCCUUCGCCAGCAGACCCGGUCCACGGACAAGAUCCACGGCAUCAUCACCUCGGCCGGUACGCGCAUCAACAUCAUCCCCGCGCUGGCUCAGGCCUCGUUCCAGAUCCGCUCCGCCGACGACGAGGCGCUCGAGGAGUGGACGGAGCGCGUCAUGAAGUGCUUCGACGCCGGCGCGCUGGCCACGGGCGCCGAGCUGAACGUCACCAUGCGCCCGUACGGGUACUCCAACAUGGUCUCCAACGACGUGCUCGCUUCUUCCUACACGAGGUACUUCACUGAGCUGGGGGGCGAGCUCCCCGAUGCCGACGUCGACAAGCUGCGCGACCCGAGCGGUAGCACCGACCAGGGCAACAUCAGCCACGACUUCCCGACCAUCAGCCCGUACUUUGCCAUCACCAACGAGAACGGCAGCGUUCCGUCCGGGGGAACCCACACUGCCGCUUUCGAGGUUGCGGCGGGCAGCCGUCCAGCCUUCGAAAAGGCUAUCAUGGUCGCCAAGAGCAUCGCUGGUGUUGCCGUCGACGUGUUGACGGUUGACGGCAUGCUUGAACAGAUCAAGGAAGAGUUUGAGGCCACGCAGGGCAAGCGCAGAAAGCGUCGCUCGGUUCACUGA